AUGUCGGCCAAGGUAUACCGCGCCAGCACCACGGCGCCGGUCAACAUUGCCGUUGUCAAGUACUGGGGCAAGCGAGACCCCGCUCUCAACCUUCCCACCAACAGCUCUCUCUCCGUCACCCUGUCGCAGGCCGACCUCCGCACCCUCACGACCGCAGCAUGCUCCGAAUCUUUCGAUAACGAUAGCCUCACCCUCAAUGGCGAAGAGGCGAGCAUCUCGGGUGCCCGCACCCAGGCCUGCUUUCGCGAGCUCCGCACCAGGCGCGCCGCCCUCGAGGCUAAGGAUGCCUCGCUGCCGAAGCUCUCUGCCAUGAAGCUCCGCAUCGUUUCCGAGAACAACUUCCCCACCGCCGCCGGCCUCGCUUCGUCUGCUGCGGGCUUUGCCGCCCUCGUCCGCGCCAUCGCCGACCUGUACGAGCUCCCCGACACCCCCACCCAGCUCUCCCUCAUCGCGAGGCAAGGCUCCGGCUCGGCGUGCAGGAGUCUCUUGGGCGGAUACGUGGCGUGGAGGAUGGGUGAGAAGGACGACGGGAGCGACUCGCUCGCCGAGCAGGUGGCCGAGGCCUCUCACUGGCCUGGCAUGAAGGCCCUGAUCCUCGUCGUCAGCGCUGGCAAGAAGCUUGUGCCGUCGACCUCGGGAAUGCAGCAGACCGUUGCUACCUCGAUGCUCUUCAAGCAGCGUGUGGAGAAUGUGGUCGACGUCCACAUGAAGGCCAUGGAGGAGGCGAUACGCGACCGUGAUUUCCCCAAGUUCGCCGAGGUCACCAUGAAGGACUCCAACUCCUUCCACGCCACCUGCCUCGAUACCUACCCUCCCAUCAUUUACAUGAAUGAGUACUCCAAGGCGGCUAUUCGCGCUGUGCAGAUGAUCAACGAAGCCGCUGGCAAGGCCGUUGCCGCCUACACCUUUGACGCCGGUGCCAACCCCGUCAUCUACUACCCCGAGGAGGCGUCCGAGGCCGUCAUCGGCACUCUCUUCCCCGUCCUGUCCGAGCGCCCCGGCUGGAAGCGGCCUGAGGCGUACAAGACCCUCAACGCGGCCGUUGCCCUCGAGGAUAUUGGUUCGUUCCUAGCUGAGGGUGUCAACCGUGUCAUUGAAACUGGCGUUGGAGAAGGUCCUAUCAAGUCAGACCAGUUCCUGGUUGCCGAUGAUGGAAGCCCCGUCAAAGGCAAUUAA